AUGAGGCUGAAGCUGUUGAACGGUGCACCCCUGUGCGAGCACCUUGACUUCAGCGAGGGUUCUCUCCUGAGCGUCGAUAGAUGUAAGGCGUUCCACGCCACGGCCCGACAAGCCGCAUCAAACGGAGAACAUGCGGCGGAGGAGUUGAAAUGGCGCCAUCUCGCAGCCAAAAACACGCGUCUGCACACUGGGUGGUCACAGCCCUAUCUCCCAGGAAACAGCCAAGCUGAUAUAACCCUCUCCUUCUCAAUCCCUAACAUUGGGCAGUCUUCCAUUCUGCCAGAAUUCAACACUAGUAUUCCCGACGACACGACAGCCACGUUCUUGGAAGACGAGACAGAAGUUGAUGGCUAUCUCGAGCACUCCCUCACUUUCCAUAGCAACCUCGUGUCAUCCCAAAUUGCUCAAGAUGACAACACAAUCUCCUCGUCCUCGUUCCUCACAACCUCUUUCGGCACUACUACAUCCGAGCCCGACAGUCCCUCAACGCUCAACGAGCACGCCAUUCUCCUACAAGUCUCCCCUACAAUGAGCGUGACGGCAUUAGCAUCCCUACCCAGCGCCCAGCACAUCCGAUCCAUCUACCCGCAGACGCCCACGCCGAAUCUCCUCUGCGCGCUAAUGACGACGCCAGAGCGACGAGAAGUCUUCGUCCGCAAAGGCGCAUACAACAUGAACCUAUGGGAGAUCACAGUAGCCGACGACACCGCGUCCAACUUCAAAGUAUCCUUCUGGCUCCGUCCACCCCGCGAGUCGAACAACGAACAGGCCAAUGCACAGUCCCUUCUACUCCAAACUUUGGAGCGUGCUAGAGUCGGCGACAUCCUCCUCCUGCGCAAUAUAGCUCUCACGUCUUUCCGCGAUGCCGUGUACGGACAGUCUCUCAACCCUGCUAUCACUCGCGCGCGGACGAAUAUCGAUGUGCUGGCGAGUAGUAGCGGGGUGGCUGUUGCGCAACUCGGUGGCCUCCCAGCAGCGGUUGUGGAGACGUUUGUGCGGGUUAAGAGGUGGGCGAGGGCGCAUGUUGCUGCGGAUAGUGCUGGUGUGAGGAAGAGGAAGGGGAGUUUGGCGAAGAGAGAUGGGUCGGCGAAGCGGUUGGGUGGAACACCGCUUUAUGAUGAUUCUUUGCCUCCGGAUACUAUGGAAGGGCUUUGA